AUGUUCCAGCUGACAGCCACCCCAGCAAGUGCCCUUGCAGAUGAGCCGGUACACAUUCGAGUGACAGGCCUUCCCCCAUUCCAGAUGGUGACUUUCAAGGCAUCUCUGAAGGAUGAGAAGGGGAACUUGUUCCAUUCAAAAGCCUUCUACAGAGCGAAUGAGACUGGCAAGGUGGACCUGGAACAGGACCCUGCAUUUGGAGGCGACUAUGUGGGGGUUCACCCAAUGGGCCUCUUCUGGUCUCUAAAGCCUGAGAGGGCUUUCCAGAGGCUGCUCAAGCAGGAUGUGAUGGCCAGCCCCUUUUUGGUCACUCUGGAUCUAUAUGACUCUGUGUGCUUCCAAGAUUUAGCCACAGCUCAGCCCACAGCCAGCCAGACUCUGCAGCGCUGGUUCUCGGGCCCUGGGAUGCAACGAAUGCAGAUCCGGGAAGGUCGAGUGCGAGGAGCCCUUUUUCUCCCACCAGGGGAAGGCCCUUUUCCAGGAGUCAUUGAUUUGUUUGGAGGCAUUGGGGGUUUGGUUGAAUUCCGGGCCAGUCUUUUGUCUGCCCAUGGCUUUGCAGUGUUGGCAUUAGCAUAUUUUGCCUAUGAAGACUUGCCCAAACAGCUGCAGGAGGUAGAGCUGGAGUAUUUCGAGGAAGCUGUCAACUUGCUUCUGGCUCAUCCCAAGAUCCAAAAGUCAGGAAUUGGCGUGAUCUCAGUGUGUAAAGGUGCAGAGAUCGGGCUGGCCAUGGCCUGCUACCUGAAGCAGGUGGUUGCCACUGUAUGCAUCAAUGGGUUCAAUGCCAUCUUUACAGUUCCACUCAGGUACAAGGAUCUGGUUGUGAAACCCAUCCACUCCUUCAAAGAGCGCAUCCAGAUCCAUGUCUCUGGGGCCGUGCGCAUCUGCCACUGUAUGGAGGACCCCCGGGAUGAACUGAAUCGGCAGAGUGUACUUCCUGUCGAAAAGGCUCAGGGUCGGAUCCUCUUCAUCGUCGGGGAGAAUGAUGAAUGUCUCAAUAGCAGAGUGUAUGCUGAGCAGGCUGUGGACCAACUACAGAGCCAUGGGAAAAGCAGUGGAAGGAUGCUGAUGUACCCUGGUGCAGGCCACCUCAUAGAGCCACCUUAUGCUCCCCUAUGCUAUGCUUCCUGGAGCCCUGGAUUUUCCCGGCCCAUACUCUGGGGAGGGGACCCUGCUGCCCAUGCGGCAGCUCAGGAGCAUGCCUGGGAAGAGAUCCAGAAAUUCUUCAGGCAAUACCUCAGUCCCACCAGAAGCAAACUCUGAGCAAGGGCUAAGGAUGAAGAUGG